AUGGCUCUGGACUCCAACAUUCGCGUCUUUGUGCAAUGGCGCGACAACACUGUCUUUGCCGGGGAGAAUAUCAGCUGCACCAUCACGUUCAAGAAUGUUGCCCGAGAAUCAGACAAUACCAGGGGAAACCAGCCCCAUCAUGCUCCUAAUCAGAGGCGAAACAACUCGGACCGCCAUCGGCUGCUCUCCAACCUGGCAUCGCCUCUCGGAGGCAACCGCAGCAGCAGAGGUAGCAAUGCUAUCACGUCGCCGCCUCCCGCUAGCAACGGCAGAGGGCACAGAAGAUCCGCGCUAUCCUUGAGCAUACCGUCAACGACGCCUAUUUCUCGAUCGGCGGCCGUACAAUGGCCUGGCAGCGGCUCCUUUUCCGAAUCUCGCCCCGGCCACUCCCACAAACGAUCCCUAUCCAUAGUCUCAAUUGGCUCGGCUGGCACCGUUGAUGACCAUCAUCAGCGAAGCGAGACGACAGGACGGCCUGCUAUGCCGCCUCGAGGUCACAAUCGUGCCUCGAGUCUGCAAAUAAUGUCCAAAGGAAAUACAGGUGCUGGACCACAACCUGGUCAUCCCGCAUCCCGAAAUAUGACAUCCCCCCUAUAUACUGCAUCAUAUCCACCCGAUAGAUACGCCCAGCAGAGCCGUUCCUCUACCGCGCCUUCAACCCCUGGCAUCGGGCGACGAAGAUCGCCCAGAAUGUCACCGAAUCCGAUGCCCGACUUUCGAUUCCCAGCUGGACCCCCAGCCGAGAACCCAGAGGAAGAAGACGCUGCCACUGAAAGAGAUAACCUGACCUUGCGCCCAAAAGAGCUCGAGAAGCCUCUUACCCCUGCCGCUCGUAUUUUAUCGAGCAACAGCAUGGGCAGUGGAACCCCACGAAGCAGCGGCGAAUUUUAUGCCAUGAGCAACCAUUCUUCCGAAACACUCGCCUCUGACUAUCCUGCUGCCAGAGGCGCUGCACGACCACCACACCUGCGAAGAAGCUCGGGCCUGCCAUCGUCGCAAAACAAGACGCCAGAGUCUAUCAUGAUGGGUUAUGCGCAGGUGCAAGGCUCCUUCCUGCUGGACGGAUCCCUGAUAAGCUUGGGCCAGUUCGACGAAGUCAAGAAAAAGGGAGUCGUUGGUGGGCGAGGUGGUGGCGUUGUUGGUCUUGAACAGAACAGGAGAGAUAGCGGCCUCUUGCGCGGCUUUGGCUGGGGAGCCAUCAGCAACUCCCUCGGCGAUCUUUUGGGCAGCAACGAGCUAAGCACGAUGAAGGAGACGCGAGGCGCAGCAAACUCAAAGGCAGUUCCCCUGCUGAGCACUCCACAGUCAAUAUUGUUUGUGGACAUGCAACUUGCGCCUGGCGAAAGCCGCUCUUUUGAAUAUACCCUUUGCCUACCCCGCGGCCUGCCGCCAACGCAUAAAGGAAAAGCGCUAAAAAUUUCAUACAAUCUGGUCAUUGGAACGCAAAGAGCUGGAGGAGCCCGAGAGCAGCAGAUUCGCUCCGUCGAGAUACCCUUCCGGGUGCUCGGUAGUGUAAACAGCUAUGGCGAAAUUCUCGGUCACGAUCUGAUGAAUCCGUACAUAUUAUUGAAAGACGAGGCACUGGUCAAAGUUGUUGGCAAGCGCAAGCAUGGCAGCAAGGGCCGCAUACCAUUGGAAAACAAGGGAAGCAUGAACGAUUUCUUGGCAUUUGUCGACGAGCUCGUUGCGCAGCAAAAUGAUGACAAGCCGCAUGCUUUGCUAUCGCCAACAGACGGACUCGAUUCACGACGCCCAUCGAUAUUCGACGAGGUUACUUCUACAAAGGAGGCCAUUCAUCUUGCUAUUAUGAGGAGCAAUAUGGCCAACGAAGGCCAGAGCCAGAACCGAUUUGAAAUUGCGAGGAACGGCAAACGCGUCGGUGCCGUCAUGCUGCCUCGACCCGCGUACAGACUCGGCGAAGUCGUCACCAUGGUCAUUGACUUAACAGAGGCCGAAGUGCCCUGCUACGCCGUCCACGCUACGCUGGAGACGUCCGAGAAGAUUGACCCCUCCCUGGCUGUGCGCUCUGAUUCCAGCAUCCAAAGAGUGACACGAAAGGUUUACGUGGGAUCCUCUGAGACCACCAUGUACUCGCGCCGCAUUGUGUUUACACCUACGAUACCUAUAUCCGCCACGCCGGAAUUUGUCACCAGCGGUGUCAGUUUUGAGUGGAAGAUUCGCGUCGAGUUUGUUGUACCCGCCAAGAGCGGCGAGGAAAGCGAGAGCGCGUCACCGGCUCCUGCCGUUGGCUCGACUCUUCUGGAACAAAUAUCGCAAGACGACAAGGGCGGCCUUGUUCUCGUGGCUGUAGAAAACCUGGCCUGCGAGAGCUUUGACGUGUCUGUCCCGCUCAAGGUGUACGGUGCCGUAGGCACGGGGCUAGAAAGACUGGAGCGCGACGAGUCCAUGGAGGGAGGAUUGCCUCUAUAA